AGCAAAGCAGAUGGAAGAGGAGUCUUGACAUGACCAAAGCGUUAUGCCAGCUAUAGCCAGAGCUAAUCACCCCUCCAUCCACAAGAGGAUCAGCAGGAGCGAGAAAACGAAAGAGAAACUAUGGCAAAGCAGCAGUGGCAGCCUGGCCUCCCGCCAACUUCCUCAAAGAGAAGAUGAAGAGGACAACAAAGUUAAAAUCAAAGCAGCCUUGCAAAAAAUGCACGAGGAAUACCCAACUUUGUAACGAUAGGAUUAGAAGAGC